AUGUUUGGAAACCUAGCCAGGUUUGCCAGGUUAAUCUGGAGCCUUUCUCAACCUUCUACUCAACUUACUUGUACAGCAGUUCGAACGAGACCAAGAUGCUUUGAGCUUUCAAUUUCCCGUCCAGUUGGACCAUGCCUCGGGGCCACAGCAAUGGCGCGGGCAACCCGGUUAGCGCGCCCCCAGCUCUACGUCGACGCAGUCUGUUGUCCCUUUGCAUUUGGUGCUGGCACUGUUGGGUAUUUGUUGGCGUCAACCCCACGCCAGUCAAGACAACGCAACGCAAGACAACGCAACGCAGCGCAAGCGCUAUCUGGCUGUGACCCUUGA